GUUAAAUGUACAUAAUUACUACUUUUCUAAAAGUAUUUUCACAAAAAUUUCCUUUAACAAUGCAUAUCCGUUUACACAAAAUCGUGAAUACAUUGAUAAACAUUAACAGUCAACAAAAAAAAUCAGAAACCAGUAAUUUAUUUAUCUAAUCUGAUACUUUAAAGCUUGUUACUCAGCUACUCGUUAAUAUGUUAACCCCCAUUUAUCAUCAGUUAAGUAUAUAAAUUAUCAUCGUUCAUGUUCGACGUCAAACGUGAUUGUUAGUGCUUAAGAUGUUGCCCUCAGUUUUAAUUUUUUUUGGCGUGACAUCUAUCUGUCAGUCUGCCGUAUUGCAAAAGCUUGAUCCACGUAUCAUAAAUGGCGAGGAUGUAAAUCCGGGUGAAAUACCAUAUCAGAUCUCUCUACAAUCACGCAACAACGUUCAUUUUUGUGGCGGAUCUAUUCUUAAUGAAAAUUUCGCUAUUACCGCUGCUCACUGUGUCGAAGGCAAGACUCCUGCGGAUAUGAAAAUCAUCGCAGGUACUAUAAAUUUGAAUCGUCCAUACCUAACACAAGCGAUUAAAAAAAUUAUCCGUCAUAAAGAAUACGAUCCUGGUAAUUCGUAUGUUAAUGACAUUGCAUUGCUCAACGUAUUCGUUCCCUUUAAACCAUCGAAUCUCAUUGGAUUCGUCACUCUACCUGAACAAGAUGAAGUUGUUCAGGAAGAAGUUGUGGCUAGAGUAUCCGGAUUUGGAAGAUUAUCAGUAGAGGGACCCGCAUCCAAAAUAUUGCAAAAGGCUACCAUUUAUAUAGCCAAACAAGAUUAUUGCAGGUAUAAGUAUAGAGAGAUUAUAUAUAAUAUCUACAAUACUCAUAUUUGUGCCUUCGAUCCGGCAAUCCACCGAGGAUCUUGCAACGGUGAUUCGGGUGGCCCCUUGAUCGUUAAUGGAAAGCUCGUCGGACUCGUAUCAUGGGCAAAAUCUUGUGCCGAUACUGACUAUCCAACUGUGUUCACUCGCGUACCUUCGUACGUCAAUUGGAUCAAAGAGAAUGCCGUAGUAUAAAUUGAAUUGAUAUUCAUUAUUCGUAUAGACUGACUAUUGCCAAUUUACACCAGCACACCGAAUGUAUUAGAUUUCGUUCAUUUCGUUUUUCCUUUCCGUCGCGUUGAAUGUGCCGCCAACCAUAGUUUUCUUAUCUUGUAUGAACAAAAUGUAUUGCUGUCACUAGUAUACGCUAUAUCUUAACGCCUAAAUUGAUUGUUAAUACAAUAUAACAAUUUAGACAUGUACGGAGAUCAGUUCCAUAUCAUGUUUGCGAUACAAGCACUUGUUAAUUAAUA